AAGCCUGUGUAACAUUCACAUUCACGGCGUUUCGCCUAAAACCAGGCAGAUGUGAUCACGUGCUCGCUCGACCGAUCGUCGUGUCACACGUUUCCGUACGUCAUUCGUCUAUGUCGACAUCCGAUUUAACAACGCAUGUUUAAGGUGUGCGCCGGGAGUGUAAGCUCGUGAUGGUGUGAUGGAGGAUCUGGCAGUGCUCGACCUGUUGUUGCAGUGUCCUCUAUGUACGAAGCCUUUAGACGGAUCUGCCAAGGUUUUUCCAUGCCAACACACAUUCUGUAAAACAUGCCUCCAGCAGCACGAGGCAUCGGUUCCUCAGCAGAUGUGCUGCCCAGAAUGCAGAGCUACUACUCCUGGAUCAGUGGAGGAGCUGCCCAAUAACCAUCUGUUGGUCAGACUUCUAGACAGCCUCCAGGAUGGGGGUCCUCUGGGCACACCGAGGGACAGAUCGAGGAGAUAUGUGAGCUCGGCGGACCAAGAGGAACUGUUGUGUGGUUACAUUCAGGAUUUGCACCUGCGAUUUCCCAAAGAAGGCCAGAACACACAGGGGGUGCAGGCUCAAGCUUUAUAUGACUUUCAGGGUAAUGCUCCUGGGGAGCUCACAAUGAAGUCAGGCGAAGUUGUUUAUCUGCGCUGUAAACUAGAUGAUAACUGGUAUUAUGGGGAAGCCAGUGAAAGCUGUGGUCUGGUUCCAGUCAGUGGGGUUCAGGUCAUGGGUGAGCGGCCGCAGCAUUUGGGUUUCUGCAGAGCUUUGUGUGACUUCAAUGCUAACAAUCUCCAUCCUGACGACAGCAAGGAAUGGUUGACCUUCUUCAAGGGAGACUACAUUACUCUUAUUAAACAAGUGGAUGAAAACUGGGUUGAGGGAAAACUUGGAGACAAAGUUGGGAUUUUUCCCUUGCAGUUUACAGAGCCCAAUCCAGCAGCGCACAAGCUUCUGGAAAAACGCAGAAGGAGGGACUCGGUGGAAUCACACCCACGGAUCGGCGGUUGGGUUAGCGCGGAUGCUCGCGGCCACAGGCGGCUCUCUGGACCAUUUUACAAGUCAACAAGGCCUCCGAAUGUCAGUCUCCUGAACAGCCUGAACUAUCCUCCCCGCAGCCAGAGCCAGCGGCCACCUCACUUCAGCUCCAGCGCACACUCCGCCUCCAACAAGACGCCACAUCUCGGCACAUCUAACAAGCCACAUUUGAGGAGCUCUCACAGAAACUUGCCCAAGAGAGACAGAAAAAUGAACAGUGAAAGUCCGCCAACCAUCACCAUGGCCCUGAUUAACCCCCAGACCCCCCUCACGCCCUCUGAGAGCAAGAUGUCUGCCACCCAGCAGCUCUCCAUCAGUGUGUGUGCCGCGCUGUACUCCUACAUGCCCCAUCACGGCGAAGAGCUGGAGUUGAGGAAGGGUGAAAUGGUGGGGGUUUAUGGGAAAUUCAAAGAAGGUUGGCUGCGUGGACUGUCCCUCAGAACAGGCAAAGUAGGCAUCCUGCCAGCAAACUAUGUCACACCUGUGCUAAGAACAUCUGCAAGGUUUCUUGAACAAACCAAACCGGCUGUUCCUAACACAAGCACAGUUUCAACAAAUAGACACACACCACACAAGCCCCAGGCUGUUGUCCUGGCCCUAGACAAAGUAAAUGCUGACGCCCCUUCGGCUACAAUGACUGUGAUGUCAUAUGCCGGUGCCGGGAGAGCACCGCAGAUGGGCGGGAAGCAGGGUUGGACCACAGUAAGACACUCCAUCCACACUUCACACAGAGGGUUGCCUCACCAUGGAAGCUACAAUUCAACUUCCAUCCAGAGUCUUCAACCCCCUCCACAGGAUCUGGGGACGAUCUAUACUUUCGGACGUUCACCCGUUCUACCCAAAAGGAGAAAUGGUUUGUUCUCAAACCCAAUCAAAACGCAGCAUUGGACACAUGAAGGAACAGCACCCUCAGGUGGUGGAUAUCAAACAGGAACCAGAGAUCCCAUCCAGAAAGAAGCUAACAAUGCUCCUCAGUCUAUUCUGGUUAAACCAGAUGCUCACAAACACAAUCCAGAGAAGUUUGUAAAAUCAGUGCGGUUUCUGGAUGCUCGGGUCACUCCUCAGGCAACAUCGAAGAUGACACCUUCUGGACUAGGAAUGUCCGCAGGACAUAACGUUCCCACUUCUCAGCCUGGCAUUUCAGGUCUGGAUCACUGGAAUCCCUCUGCUAUUUUGGGACGGGAUGGAAGUACUUUAGUUCUUAAGGACACCAAAACACUUCCAACCAGGAAGAGCACAGGGCAAGAUCAUACUGCAAUGGACUUCCUCUCACUAAAUAUGAAACCAGUACUAAUAAACCACCAGUCCAGCACUAAUAGAUACAGGGUUAUGAAGGGGUAUAAUGCGAAGACGGAUGCAGAGCUCACAUUGACGGAAGGAGAGAUAGUGAUUGUUCAAAGACCACGUCCAGAUGGAAGGGUUCUCAUUACCCAAGAGAUCAGUGGAAAAACAGGCCUUUUCCACUACAACAUACUGGAGAUAAUGGACAAAGUCCUUUGAGUGUGCCAAAGUCUUUCUGUUGUGUAAAUGUUAUUUGACCAGUGCUGUGUUAGAGUUGCACCAGUUUACCCUGUUGUGUAAUAAACCCAAAACAACAACAUCCUGUGUACCUAAACGCAGGCCGAGACAGAAUUUUCUAUCCAGAAUUCUGCAUAAUGUUUUUAAAGAUGGUGUAUCACAUGCAGUUUCUACCCAUCUCAUAUUAAUCUUGAGUGCCUAUACAGUAGUAUUCAUUCGUCGUAUCUUCGAAGAGUAUUUUGUUUGAUCAAAUUUAUAAAAGAGAGAUACAGCUUUAUGAUUAUUUCCGGAAAAACACAAGCUGCUAGAGGUGGGACUAGUGGGGAGAAUGGGAUGGAACUGAAUCACGAGCAAGCAUCACAUCAUCCCUUCGUGUUUUGCACGUUAUGCACGUACACGCGUUUGCCAACAAAACACAGAUGUAUGACUUAGUUUGACUUAGCUACAGAGCCAUCUUUCAGUAUCAAACUAUCUCCAAAUCCAACGUUACAUCCAUCGUUUUUAUAACAUCCAUCACUGAAAUGUCAUGAACAUACAGACACACCUAAACUUCAAUAUCGCAGCGCAGAUAACCUUGAUGGUAAGCGUGUCUCGGUCUUAUGUUGGCUUGUGGGGGGGUUUCUUUCGCCUUGGUGUGCUUUUGGCAAAUAAAAGGACGACACAGGGAUCCAGAAUUAGAAAAAAACUUACUGAAACAAUUUGGAGUGUACAGAUAGUGUAUCAAGUACAGAAAUACUACGUGAUACAUCUAACUCGUUUUUUAGCAAGGUGAUCAUGUUAAGCAUGAGAAGCCAGCACGUUUAACAGUUUAAAGAAGUCAUUCCUGAUCUUUAAGUAUGGCUAAAUAUGAGACUAUUAUAUAAUUAAUGGCUAUUUGCAUAAUACAAUUUACCAAAAUAUUUCAUAAAACAACGUAAUGGUUUGGGAUUGUGGGGAUUUGUAGAAUGUUGUGAAUGAUGGGCAUUUCAAUACUGCUGAAUUCUACAGAUUCUGUUUGGCCUGUUGUUGUGUAUUCUGAGUAUCACAUUGUGUCUCAUCCACACACCUGACACAAAGUUCUUCUUUAACAUUGGUCAGCUCUGACAAGAUGAUUGUGCCUUUUUGGAUGCUGAAUUACUGAUUGCACUUUUGAAUGGUGUGAGGGGUAAGGAAGACAAUCCUGCGAUUAGAAAUGCAAUCUAUGAGCAUACAUGACUGUUAGACGUUGCCCUAAUGAUGAUUGAAGUACUCAAAGUUGUCAUUUCACGCACAAAAUCCUGUCAUCUCGAUAUGUGGAAUUGUUUUAUUGUGUAAAACCUCAUAGCAGCUCUUUCCUGAAAAUUAAAUUAAAAGGAACUUUUAUUUUUAACUAUGUAAAAUUAUAUAACGUAUAAUAGUAAUAACGGACUGAGAGGAUUCCAGUAUCUCUUUAUUUAUGUUUUUUAGUGAAAAGAAAGAAAAUGGAGAGAUAAUAUUAUUUUGGGACAUGAUGCUGGCUAGAUUUAUUCAUUCUUAUGAAUGUGUAUUCUCUUUAUGUGUUAUGCUUUUAUUUGACUAACCAAUAAACCAAUAAAACAUA